AUGGAUUCUAGGCUGCUGAUUGGACCGGGGAUCCCCACCUCGGACCCGACUGCUCGGGCACCCUGGAACAUCAGCUCCAUCAGUCCGCACCGGCUCAUGGAGCUGUCUCCUGUCGCCACAGCUGGCUCCGUGGUCCCAAACCACCCGUUUCCAACAGUAGACGUCCCAGACCACGCUCACUACACCAUCGGGGUGGUCAUCCUGUUCGUGGGCAUCACAGGCAUGCUGGGAAACUUCCUGGUCAUGUAUGCUUUCUGCAGGAGCCGGAGCUUGCGGACGCCAUCCAACAUUUUCAUCAUUAAUCUGGCUGUCACAGACUUCCUCAUGUGUCUUACCCAGACGCCCGUGUUCUUCAUCACCAGCAUGCACAAGCGGUGGAUCUUUGGAAAAAAAGGUUGUGAGCUGUACGCUUUCUGUGGAGCUCUGUUUGGUAUCUGCAGUAUGAUGACACUGAUGGUGAUUGCUGUGGACCGGUACAUGGUGAUCACUAGACCUCUGGCCUCUCUUGGGGUGAUGUCCCGCAGGAAAGCCCUGAGCAUUGUGGCUGCGGCCUGGGUCUACUCCAUGGGCUGGAGCCUGCCCCCCUUCUUUGGCUGGAGUGCCUAUGUCCCUGAAGGUCUGAUGACAUCCUGCUCCUGGGACUACAUGACUUUCACCCCCUCGGUCCGCUCGUACACCAUGCUGCUCUUUACUUUCGUCUUCUUCAUCCCUCUUUCCAUCAUCAUCUUCAGCUACUGCUGCAUCUUCAGAGCCAUCCGGCACACAACACGAGCGAUAACAAAGAUCAACAGUCAGGGGACCAGAGACUCAGCAAAGAGGGUCCAUAAGAUGAGGAGCGAAUGGAAAAUGGCCAAGAUCGCACUCAUCGUCAUUCUACUAUUCGUCGUCUCCUGGGCCCCGUACUCCUGUGCUGCCCUCACUGCAUUUGCUGGGUAUGCCAACCUGUUGACUCCAUAUAUGAACUCAGUUCCUGCUGUCAUCGCCAAAGCAUCUGCAAUUUACAACCCUAUCAUUUAUGCCAUAACACAUCCUAAAUACAGGUCAGCGAUCAGCAGAUAUGUUCCUUAUCUCGGGGUGUUGCUGUGCAUGACUGGUAGAGAUCGCUUCAGCAGCAGCAGCUUCCAGUCCACCCGUCGAUCAACCCUCACCAGCCAAUCAGAGAGCAAAGGCCUGAGCAAGCCCCGCAACUCCUCCUUGUCUGAGAGCGAAUCAGCUCGCUUUUCAGACACAGAGGACGAGUGCUCGUCUCGGACGCCUGUCAGUCGUCAGCUGUCCGCUGAUGCCAAACAGGUGCGCCAUUCCAGCCAGAGGUCAAAGGUGAGAGGUCACAAUACGGGAGAGUCUGAGAGAAGUGGCCACAACCUCCCUGACCCGGGCAUACGUCUCAUCUCACACAUCACAUCUCUGACAGAGCCUGAAGACAUCUCCAUGUCGGACUUCAGCCAACAGCCAGCCAGCAGUCGUCUACCAGCUACUAUGGAUAGCGAGACCGAGGAGUGGGGUCCGAGGACUGUGUGUAAGACGUCGUCGGUCAUUGUCACCUCUAUAUCCAGCCCGUCCAUAUUGCAUAGCCCCCCUGGUUACCAUGGCAACCUCAAAUUGGCCAAAUCUUAUGGCCCGGUUGCCAGGGAGCCCCUUGACAUAGCCAGGCUGGAGACAACAGCAUUACCAUGAACUGUGUGAACAAAAGUGCAACACAAAGUGUGUAAUCUUGGGUGUGUGUGUGUGUGUGUGUGUGUGUGUGU